CUUGCGAAAGCCUCGCAGAAAAAGUUCCGAAAGAUCGUGGCCGAGUUAUCAUCACCCGUCAGCUUGCACAGCACAAGUCGGCAGCAGCUCGUCUCUCCUCAAUGGUCGGCGGUCGCAAGAGCAAAUCCGCAGGCCCUGCGCCUCCGUCGCGGACCCUUGUGCUCGACAAUGGCGGCUACACCAUCAAGGCCGGCUUCGUUUCCGAAGAGCUCACUGACGAGCCACGAGUAAUUCCUAACUGCAUCGCCCGAGACCGAGCGAGGAAGGUCUACGUCGCGUCCGAUGUCGAAAAAUGCCGCGACUUUGGCGAGAUCCAAUUCCGACGACCGGUGGAGAAGGGCUUUAUCGUCAAUUGGGAAGCUCAAAAGGAGAUCUGGGACCACGAGUUCUUCGACGACAGCGCUCCUCAGAAAUGCGACCCUUCCGAGACCAGACUGCUCCUGGCAGAGCAGCCCAACUCGCUACCCGUAUUGCAGUCCAACUGUGACCAGAUCGUCUUCGAGGAGUACCAAUUUGCAAGCUACUACCGCGGCAUAGGCGCCUCUUUUAAUGCCUACCACGACGUCCAAGGCAUCCUUCAAACCCCCCGAGACCCGAACACGAUACCCGAUCUCCCGGCCGAAGUUGUCUUGUUGAUCGACUCCGGCUACUCCAACACUAUCGUCAUGCCUCUUCUGAACGGCAGGCCUCUGCACUCCGCUGUACGCAGGCUCGACGUCGGAGGGAAACUCAUGACAAAUUACCUGACACGUCUGUUGUCUUUGAGGUACUACGACAUGCGCAACGACACCUACAUUGUCAACGAGAUCAAGGAACAGGUCAGCUACGUUUCCAUGGACUUCAACGGCGACCUCGAGAAGACCUGGAAGGGCACCAGAGGCGAGAAAAGGGAGUCAUACGUGACAGGGGCCGGCGUUGCGAAAGACUACGUCCUGCCCGAUUUCCACACCCGAACCAAGGGUAUCGUUCGAGACUACGACCCUGCGAUGCACACAAAAGCGAGGAAGAUGGCAGCACGAGCCGCGGACAACGACGAAGACAUACUGACGCUUCGGAAUGAGCGCUUCUCUGUCCCUGAGCUGCUCUUCCAGCCUUCUGACAUUGGCCUUCGUCAACCCGGUCUUGCGGAUGUCAUUAUGCAGUCUCUCUCUGAGCUGCCCAUCGGGCUUUGGCCUGGUCUUUUGGCUAAUAUUGUCGUUGUCGGCGGCAACGCCUUGUUUCCCGGCUUCAUUCAGCGACUGGAGAAAGAACUUGUCAAGAGAGUCCCUGACGCCUGUAUUGUACGGGUGGCACAUCCCGUCAACCCCAUCACUAGUACUUGGGAGGGCGGUGCCAACUUGGCCAAGCACCCUGACAUCCACAAGUUUUCUGUCACGAAGCAGGAAUACGAAGAAAAUGGUGCCGCAUGGGUCGCCCGCAAGUUUGGCUCUGGAACCGCCGGUGACUGACAUUAUUACUACUCCACGUGCGAGUCGGGGUGAAUUUGGCCAUGGCCAACUUUCUACCACGAUUCACUUUCUACCACGAUUCGGAUGGUCUUGGUAUGCAUUACAGAAGUCAAAGCAAGACAUUACGGCCGCCCGGACACGACUUUUACAAGAGACAUAGUCCGCAAAACUUCGAAGAAACACGCCGACCCCUAAAAACACAUUGCCUAGAGACUUUAUACUGCUAGCUCUCGGGGCCAAUCUUAGGCCUCACCGAAAGGUUUGCUGAAGUUACAACAGACUGCCUACCAAAGUGUCAGCUUCAAGUCUUUUCGUUGCGAAUCGGAGCAUGAGCGUACUAUGGAAGGACUCCACCUACUUGGUCUCGCUGGCCUCACAACGCUGCAGGCACUCAGCAGUGCCAAUCGAGGCACCGGUGCCAACUGCUGGUAUAUCGCGGCGGAGCUGCGCAAACUUGGCAGAGAGGGGGUUGCCGCCGAAGGCUGCGGCAACGACGGCCGGAGGUAGGUCGAAAAGCCCGUUGGCGACGUUGUGUGUGCCGGCAUCUUCAGAACUCAGAGCAGAUAUCAGAGUAGCGUUUUCGCAACCUUGGGUCUGUCGGUCAGCCUUGGUUCAGCGUGUCGGACUGAGAAGAUCAACUCACCCGUGUUUUGCAUGGUGUGCAGGCUGCCCUGGGGAAAUAUGGUCAUCAUCCCGGGCUCCAGCUUAGUCUUCACCAUACGAGCGCCGUUUUCCAGGGUCAUGAAAGUCUCGGUGGUCCCAACGACCGACACGACGUAAUUGGAAGCACGAGCAUGGUAGUGUGGCGGCAGCAUGGCGCAAGGGCCGAGGCUGAUCCAGGCCAUGGUCAUGCCGUUGCCCACGGUUGCUGGGAAUGUGGCGGCGUUGGCAUUGACGACUCCGCCAGGGGUGUGGGUGUGGAACGGGUGGGUGAAGUAGUUGAAUGUCCAGUCUUUAUCGUCGGGGAGGCUCUUGAGCUUGUCAAGCCCCGUCGGACUUGUUCGCAGUGACCUGACGAUAUCUGGGUGCAGUGUAUCGUCCGUAGCGCUGGUUGACAUUGCGAAUAGAUACAGAAGCAAUACAGAAAGGCUGUUUGGCGUCAUGGAGGAGGCGAUCAUGCCGAUCAUGUUGGACUAGGUAAACAAGGUUAAGGCGUCCAGAAGAAAGCGUCCAACUAAAUCCAUG